AGCCAAGCAAUCUUACUGCAGUCAUCUCAGAGUCCAACAGUACACAUGUCAAUAUCACUGUGUCUUGGGAGUCACCAGGUGAUCCUGUCACUGGCUAUGUCAUCUACUACCAGCCUAAGGGAGGACCAGUCAUCAGUGACAGGGUGUCUGGAGGAGAGACAGACACACACUCACUGGAUGGUCUUCAGAGAGGAGUCACCUACUACAUCUCCAUAGUGGCUCUGUCACCUCACCUACCCAGUCCUCUGGUUGGACCUAUCACUGUCAUUCAAGAUCCACUACUGGUAGUAGAGACCUCACCUGAAUCACUCACUACCUCACCAA